ACGACUAGACUCAAGAGGCAUUUAUAAAUACCAAAUCCAACAAGUCCUUACCACACGGCUUCAUAUCUUUCUAACUUUCUUCUUCCCUCAAACAGCGUUUUUCUUUGUAUUCGAUUCUCAGUUCUCUAACAAAACAAGACCAUGAAGCAAAAAGUGGUGAUCAAAGUCUCCAUGCAUUGCCAAAAGUGCUACUCUAAAGCACUUAAGAAUGUGGUUGGCGCUUCAGGUGUGGAAUCGGCAGCGAUAAAAGGGGAAGACAAGAGCCAGAUAGAGAUAAUAGGAGAUGGAAUGGACGCGGUUGAGCUAGCAACUUCGUUGAAAAAGAAAUUUAAAUAUGCAGAGCUGGUGAGUGUAGGUCCUGCAGGUGAUGGUCCGAAGAAAGAAGAAGAAAAGGAAAACAAGGCCACGGUGGAGGUGAAGCCCGUGGAUUAUUGGAGUUACUAUCAAGGUGGCAUGCCUUAUUACGAUUACCGUGUGGUUUACGCUGAUCCAUAUUACCCCUCAAAUUGCUUCAUCAUGUGAAACAUUUCCAAAGAGGGAGAUAUCUAUUGCACGACUUAGAGAAACUAAAAUUUAUUUAGGGAAGUCUUGGUUGGUAGCCGUUCUUUAAAUUCUGCAGUGCUAUUUUCAAUUCCCUCUUUGUUUAGGGGAUAAUUAUG